AUGACGUCGUACGCAGCAUGGGAGAAGUACGACGUCGAAAAGGUCAUGCAGCAGAUGGAAGAGGAAGAGAAGAAGGAGCGCCAGCAGAGCCAAGCGCAAGACUACGAGAAGAAGAAGGUCCAUGUCGUCGCGGACGCGGGCGACUCGGCCGAGGUACUGGCGACCAAGGCAGCGCUCGCGGCGCUCAAGGCCAAGAAGGCCGCUGCGCGCGCGCCUAGCGCCGGGCCGUCGCCACCCACGUCCUUCAACAAAGUGCAAGAGCUCGAGCGGCAGGCGUCGCUCCUGCAGCGCAAGAGCGUUGCGAUCCAAACGGCCAUGACGGCCCGAGGCAAAGCCGAUGCGCUGCUCAAGAAAAAUCAUGCGGCCGCCGCCAUCGACGAGUACAAACACGUUCUCAGCGCCAUGGACGACCUCGAUGCCAUCAUUCCGCAGCUGCAGCUUUCCGAAGAGGUCUUCGAGGCCAACAAGCCUGCGGAGAAGGACGUGUGCACGGACCACCACGACUGUUCGUGCCACGAGCCCGAGAAGGCGGCGCCAGUCGUCGUCCAGCCGCUGCCCAAGAGCAGCGAUCUCAAGGGCAUUGCACACAUGCUUCGUAUCGACGCACUCCUCGGCCUUGGCAAGUGCGAGCUCGAGCGCUGCCACUUUGGCGCGGCCUCGGAGCAUCUCAAGCUCGCACUGCUCCAAGAUGGCAACCACCUCGAGGCUUGGCGCCUUCGUGGCACCGCGUUCAUGUCGAUGGGGGCGACCUUGAUCGGCAUGUUGCAUUUGAACAAGGUCGUGCUAAUGGAAGGGUCCGACUCGGGCGAUGGCAGCAAGCAGCUCGCCGAGGUCGAAGACGAACUCGUCCAGGACUGCGUCAGCGAAGACGAGGUAUAUACGGCAGCGAUGCAGUACCUCCAGCGUCCGACGCACAAGGAGACGAUCGAGCGCAUGGUGUUGCUGCGAGAAGAAGCCGAUGUGAUCAUGCUGGAGGGGUUUUACGCCUACUCGAACCAAAAGUACCAGGCGAUUUUGGACACGCUCGAGGCGUUGCCGUGGUCGCACCCGGCCCUCCUUGACCUUCGCUGCGCCUGCCAUGCCAGCAUUGCGGGCGGGCUCUUUGAGAUGAAGAAGCAGUUUCCACUUGCGAUUCGGCACUGCGAGGCCGUCUUGACGCACCAGCCUCUUCACACGGCGAUGAUUUACCGCCUCGGGCAGUGCUAUCGCCAGACAAAUCAGUUUGAACUCGCGGCCACGAUGUUGCAACGUGCGCUGGCGUCGCUCGAGCCCGCGUCACCGGGCCAACGGCUGGUGCUGGACGAGCUCGAACGCAACGCGUUUGAUCGAUCGGAGCUCGAUAUUGAGUACAUUAAGCGGGUUGAGGGCCAGAGCUCCGAGCCUUAA